UUAAUAUUUAAUGCCGCAAUUUGACGUGACUGCCGGGUUUUUGCUCUUCUAUGGGGAGCAUGCGCGUUUAUUUUGCACUACAUGUUGAGAAGAACGGAACGAUUCUUUUCACGUCAGUUUUUGAUAUGGACAUUACGGAAUCUACAGGUUACCGAGAUUUUGUGUGGGCAGUCGAACUUCAUCGCUUGGGUAUGGAAAUGAUUGGCUUGUGGCCGAAAACGGAUAAAUUUAUUAAGAAAUACCAGUGGCUAGAAUUUCGAGUCGGUAUUAUUUUAAUUUUAUUAAUAAUUAUUUUUCUUCCGACGAUGUGUACCUUUAUGAACGUUUGGGGUAAUAUGGUACUCGUAAUAGACAGUUUGCAUAUCGCAUUACCCAUGGUGACAAUAAUAGCGAAAUAUGUUGUUAUACGAUGGAAACGAACAGAUAAAGUUACUGUUACAGAAAUGUACUAUACGACAAUUUUUCUUAUUUCUUUGUUGAUGAAUACUUUUCUUUAUUGUGGCGCAGGAGAGCUUAUAACGGAGCAAAGCAAUUCAGUACAUCGUGCUCUGUGCGAUCUUGAAUGGUAUAAAUUGGAAUCAAGAAAGGCGAGAAAUCUUAUUUUGUUAAUGAUACGAACCAACCAUCCUUUUCGUGUCACUGCAGGAAAAGUUAUUCCAUUAACACUGGCUACGUUUUGCAGCCUAUUGAAAACUUCGAGUGGAUAUAUAUCGUUUUUACUAAGAAAACAUAAUUAAAGAUAAAU